GGAUCGUGUGGCGUUUUUUAUCUCCUAAAAUUUGUGAUGAAAUAAAGUUUUUAAUGCUGUUUCUAGCAGAUAGCCCUCCAUAAAAAUACCCGGUAAGAGUGAUUUCAUAAUAAGAGCCAAAAAUGGGCGAAAACGAGCCCAUUCACAUCGAGUACGCCGACGAAACCGAGCUGCUGACCGAGUUCCGCAACUACAUGAGCGAUCCGGACACUCGGGAAAAGGCCGCCAACUACCUGCUGGAGUCGCUGGUCGACGAAAUGAUUCUGGGGGUGGUAUUCGAGGUGCACCAUGCGUACAAGACUGGAUCCGGUGUGGCCAUCGAGGGUCAACCGGAGGACUGCAAACCGUACACCAUCGUAGACCUGCCGGACAUGGACGUGUUCGGAUCGUCCAAUAGUAAGAAGGCCAUCGAUUGCAGCUGCCCGAACUGCAAUAGGAUAGUGGCCGCAUCGCGGUUUGCACCUCAUUUGGAGAAAUGUAUGGGAAUGGGCAGAAACUCGUCCCGAAUCGCCAGCCGGCGGAUAGCCAACACGAGAGAAGGCGGCAACUACUUCGGCGCCGAUGAGGACGACGAAGACGACGCUGACUGGUCCGGGGAGAAGCGCAAGAAGAAGAUCGCGCCGGUCAGAACCAACGGCAGCAAGAAGAACGGCAAGACGUCAUGAAAAUAAUCCUCACAGGAAUGAAACAAGGCGUUGAAUCCUUGGAAGAGACGGCUGCGGUCCUCGGCGGCGGGAUGUUCGUCCGAGGUCGGCACGGGUAAGUAGCUGUAGGUGACGAAGGAUUCACUCUUGUUGUUAUUUUUGGGGGACUUUGGGGAACUGCCGCUGAAAGUUGGGUGAUUUCAGAUUUAGUCACGCCUUCUUGGCUGGAUUAGAUCUGACGUUCUCGGGAUAAUUGUGAGUUUAGUAUAUGUAAUUUGAAAAAUUCAACCAACACGACAUUGUGGUGUACAGUUUUACAAUGAAGAUUCCUAUUAGGAUUUGGUCAAUACUACUAAAGCAGACAAAUGCGAUCAAAGAUCUAUUAUAUAUUAUCAGAUUGUGAACGACUUAAAUAUUACUAACGUAAAAUUAGCACUGAAUAUUGUAAUUGCUUAGAAUAUAACAAAAUAGGGUAUGAAAUUAUAAACAUUAUUGUAAUUAAAA